AUGGCGAAUCCCUUCAUUGACGAGGCCAUGCGCACCUAUGGUGGGAAAGAGUGGCGACUUGAAAGUCAUACUCUUCCUCGUUGCCAAGUCAAGACCUCAGAUGACAUUCAGUCGCCCCUGACAGUGGAAUAUGUUUUGUCCUGUUGUCGCCCACCUACCGGUGUCAAGACCACUGUGCUCAUCAUGGAUGCGCAGCUGGCUGUGAGCGAUUGUGGGCUUCCUCGUGAUGUUGCUUUGGCCUUGAAGGGGCAAAGGGUUGCAAGCUUGCCUGUCGCCGUGCGUGUUGCUGAAUCUCCGCCAGCUGACUCCAAAGUUGGGGGAGUUGUCAUGGACAAGGGCAACGGACUGGUGGAUGUGAUCAAGUAUGUCACCUUCAAGGACAAGGUGGCAACGCGGGAAGCUACAAAACUCAUUGCUGGCUCUGCAUAUGCGCCUUUCUCUCGCCCAGGUCCGUGGGCAUCCAAGAAGGCUUUCCAAUCCUUGUUGGACAGGCUGCCUGGACAUCAGUCAUGUGCAUUGGAGAUCAUUGGAGCACAGUGA